AUGACAUAUUCCUGGCUUUUGCUUUCAACAAGCUGGGAUCUCAGCAGUAUUCAGGCUGCACUCAACGUUUUGAUCUCUGUUCUGAGCACUAUCAUCCUGUGGGCGUGGUCACGUUUCUGGUGGCAGCGAGUCAGCGCCCGUGUCGUCCACAAAGAUUCAGGCGUACCAUUGCCUCAACUCCUUCUCGUGACAGGGCCUGGAGAGGGUUGGGAUGUGGUGACUGUCCUUGGUCGACGUCUGUUCACCAGGGGUAACUGGCCGCUCCUUACACAAACUUUCGUCGUCCUGUGCAUCACAUUGGCAUCUGCGCUGUCUGGUCCAAUCGCAAAGGGUGCGUUGAGACACGGCUCCACCACCCUACAAAAAGAUCGUCUGGUGUUACAAGCUGUCAAAGGCGAUGGAGGCACUGGUAGUACUCUAGGCGCAACUGUCUUGUGGAAUCAGACCGGCUCUGCCCUAGAUAUUGCGGGUUUCCCUUUGACUCAACUACUCGACAAACUGCCACUAUCAUCACCAGAUCCGUGGAUAUAUGCUGAGACCGAGUGGGAUCCCACCUGGACACUUCACUGCAAUUACACCAGCAAUGUCAAUCUACCCAAUGUGACAGCAUCGGGUGAUUCUCCCAUGAGGCAACCCCUGGCCGCAUUCCCAGCUUUCAACAAGACAUAUAGCGGUGCUUGGCUAGAUUCGUCGGAAUACAGAUUUUCCACAGGCUUCACUGGUCUGGUGAACUGGACAGAGCAUAAAUGGUCAGAGGCUCUCUUUUUCGUACUCGUCCAGUCGAAUCCGGAAGUCCAUGAUCGCAUGGAUCAUAACAACGAAACGCUCACUUUGUCGAUUACAUUAUUCCACGCACAAAACUUUAGCUGUGCAUCAAAUGACACCACAGCCACCUCGGGAGGCUCGGACUGGAUUCCAGUUGGAGCAGUGGAACGAGCGAGCUAUUCUCGAGCUGAGUGCUUCAUUACCCGCAAAGCAAGCGUGCCGGAUGAGAAUCGAAUCCCUUGGCCGUGGACAAAUGAUACAAUGGAAAUCAUUGGAAGCUACGAAUCAUGGUAUUACACCCCAUUCCAGGCUCCCGGGUCAAUGCAGCGAACGAUAGAAACACCUACAGCAGAAAGCCUCAUUAGAUUCUACCAGAUCUACAUGGCCACCACCAAUACGUACUACAGCGACCCCACAACCACUGCUCUCAGUUCAAGGGUUCAAACUGUUGAGCUGUCACUCCCAUUUUUGGUAGUGGCUGUGCUGCUGGCAGUCUUGACCAUGUGGGCAGCAAUUCGCUACCAGCUCUUUGUAAGGCAGCACAAGACCAAGAUCAAGGAGAUUUCUGUGCCGGAUGGCAAGGUUGACUGGAUAAUCCACGCUGCCAAGAUUUCGCACCACAAUUCAGGGAACCUGAGUAGCAAGGAAAAGAGGCAUAACGACCUCGAGUAUCUGCAGAACGCCAUGUUUGGGCGGAGAAUUGCUGCAAACUCGGCUUUGUCACAAAUUGAACCGGAAGACUCAAAGUUUGCACGGGUACUUCAAUCACCUAGAAUCUUAGUGGCAGCGAUAUCUCCAAACAGAAGCUUCUCCGGCUCCCAUCCAACGUCCCUGGACCAUGAAUCAGGUCAGGAGAGCGAUCACUCUGGUGAAACGGCAGUCCCCGGCCAUGCGCCGUUUUCAACAGUUUCGGAAGGUAGGCCACUUUCAAGAGAUCUUGUCUGUGAUGACACAAACCCAGCAGAGGCAUUGGGUGGAGAGCUUCCAUCCAUGGCCGUUCAUGGCACGGAUUUGCCGUUAGUUCAAAUGAGUGGUGGUGAAGAGACGCGAAGCCCCAAAAGUGAGCAAAACGGGAAGCCCGAUCGCACAGAAGAGCAUGAGGUGGAGGUUCGUUCCUCCCUAGAAGUCAAACAGGUUUCAAGGAAUCCUCAAUAA